GGUACUUACUACCUUAUCGCUGGUAGCACCCUGUCUGUAGGUCUUGGAUGUUCAGCCCGCUGUGUCUCCCGUCGGCUGGCUGCUCCAGGCUCCAUGACCCUGGCCCGGUCUGCACAAGCAGAGUCAAAAGAAUACCACGGCAGAGACACGGAUAGGGCGAGUUACAGCCGUGACGGAAAGACGGUGGCGUUGGUUGGGCCAAAUUCGGCAUCUUGUGUCGGCGAACGCCUUGCUGCUUUCUUUUGGGGACUUGGCAUGAGGGUGGCCCCCGUGGUAGUUAGCUGUGUUUUUCGUCGCCUCCGUGCGUCUCGGGACGGACUUCGACCGGUCCCCAAUGGGUUGGCGGCUUCAGGCGUGCGUUGGUGUUGUUGUUGGGCGGUGUUGGUAGUGUCUUUGACAGCUGAGAAUGGGCUAGAAUGGGCCAAGCUGGGCGUACUGGGCGUACUGGGCGUAGCUGGGCGUAGCUGGGCUUGGCUUGGCUUGUAUGUGGCGUGGAAGGCGCAGAGGCGAGACCGGCGGGGACCGGAGGCAGGGCUUGCGCAGCUGCAUGCGCGUGGGAAGGCAGGAGCCACCAGCGCCAACACCCAGCAGGAGCAGCCAGUGGGAACCAUGGACGGCGCAUUACCAUUGGCCAGAAGGCGCACGGUAGCACUAUCGCCAAACACCAUUGCUAAUACGGACAAUACCUAGGUAGGUAGGCUAUCGCUUUCCAACGCGAAAGCACUCGACAGGAGCAACGCGACAAAAAAGCAAACAAAGACACCGGAGAUACGGGUGUCAGCAUGCGCGAGAGGAGGACCGAAAUUGCCGGAUUCUGAUCGGCAAGGCGAAACUAUCUAAGGUAGCUUCCGGUGGUCUCGCUUUGUCACCCGCAGAUGCAUCCAGGCUAAACUGUGUCCAGCGGGAGAGAGUCAGGGCCGAACUUUAAGUGUUC